CACCUGGAGUGGAGAGGAGCUGGACAAGACAACCUCUGCCCAGGGCUGAAUCCUUCUUUCCUGGCAGGCUGGACUGUGCUCCUUGCAAAGAUGGAUUAUGCCAAGUCCUUGAGCCUGCGCUUGGCUGCCCCUGUCUCCAAAUGUGUCUCGGCAAGUGCCUCCAUGACCCAGCAGCUACUGUCGAGCCCGGCCCCGCGACCCCGACCCUACCGCGUCUGCAACUGGGACCGCAGCCUGCGCAAGGGCAUCAUGGCACAGAGCCUCACCGAGCUGCUGCGCCAGGCUCAGAGCGCCCUGCUCGCCCCGGGUCCCGUCUCACUGGUGCUGGAUGAGGAUGGCACCGCAGUGGAGACGGAGGCUUUCUUUCGGACACUGGAGGAGGGGACGGUGCUGAUGGCCCUGAGCAAGGGGCAGACAUGGGCUCCCUCCAAGACGCCUGGCUACCAGCUAAGCCUGUCCCGCAAGCCCCCUCGGAGGAUCGACGUUGCCUGCGUCACCUUCGACCUCUACAAGACCAGCCCGCGGGACCUGGGCUGCCUCAAUGUCAAAGCCACGCUCUACGGCACCUACAGCAUGUCCUACGACCUGCGCUGCUACGGGGCCAAGCGGCUGAUGAAGUGAGUGCUGGGGUGG